AUGAGCGAUCUGAAGUUGAAAUUUCUGGAGGUCUACUCAAUCCUGAAAUCGGAGCUACUCAAUGACCCUGCUUUCGAGUUCACCGACGAUUCUCGUCAAUGGGUCGAACGGAUGCUGGACUACAAUGUACCUGGAGGAAAGCUGAACCGAGGGCUUUCUGUUAUUGACAGCUACAAGUUGCUGAAAGAAGGAAAAGAAUUGACCGACGAUGAAGUUUUUCUGGCUUGUGCGCUUGGUUGGUGCAUCGAAUGGCUUCAAGCAUUUUUUCUUGUUCUCGAUGAUAUCAUGGAUAACUCUCAUACAAGGCGUGGUCAACUCUGUUGGUACAGAUUACCGAAGGUUGGUAUGAUUGCUGCAAAUGAUGGGAUAUUACUUCGCAACCAUAUCCCAAGAAUACUCAAAAAGCAUUUCCGAGAAAAACCUUAUUAUGUGGAUCUGCUCGAUUUAUUUAAUGAGGUAGAAUUCCAGACGACCUCUGGACAGAUGAUAGAUCUGAUCACCACACUGGUAGGAGAAAAAGAUCUAUCAAAGUACUCAUUGCCUCUUCACCGUCGGAUUGUUCAGUACAAAACUGCUUACUACUCAUUUUACCUUCCAGUGGCCUGUGCCCUUCUUAUGGCGGGUGAGAAUCUGAACAAUCAUGUUGAUGUGGGGAACAUACUUGUUGAAAUGGGAAUUUAUUUUCAAGUGCAGGAUGAUUAUCUGGAUUGUUUUGGUGAUCCUGAGGUGAUUGGUAAGAUUGGAACUGAUAUCGAAGAUUUUAAGUGCUCCUGGUUGGUUGUGAAAGCACUGGAACUUGUGAACGAGGAACAAAAGAAGUUAUUAUAUGUAAGAAAGGAUUUAUCUUUCUGUUUUUUCAUUUCUGCGAUUAGAAUCAGAUUUGCUUACCCAGGUAAAGCAUUGUCGCAGGAGAACUAUGGUAAACAGGAUCCAGCUUGUGUAGCAAAAGUGAAGGAGCUUUAUGAAACUCUCAAUCUUCAGGAUGUAUUUGCAGAUUAUGAGAGCAAGAGUUAUGAAAAGCUAAUCAAAUUCAUUGAAGCUCAUUCAAGUACAGCAGUACAAGCAGUGUUGAAAUCUUUCUUGGCAAAGAUAUAUCAGAGGCAGAAGCAAAGAAAAGCCACAACAAAAGACCAAACUGCAAAGUGCACUUCAUACUGUAUGGGAUGUCCUGCCGUGAGGAAAGAUGGCCCCAACCGGUUUGAAUUGGCCUUUUGGAUGCUAUACAAACUUGUCACCCUCGACAGGAUAAAGGCUCGGCCCGAGCGGGUGUAG